AUGGAUUUCCAGCAGCUGGCUGACGUUGCGGAUAAAUGGUGCUCCAACACGCCCUUCGAUCUCAUCGCCACCGAGGAGACCGAGCGCAGGAUGGAUUUCUACGCCGACCCCGGCGUUUCCUUUUACGUGCUGUGUCCGGACAACGGCUGCGGGGACAAUUUUCACGUGUGGAGUGAGAGCGAAGACUGCCUGCCUUUCUUGCAGCUAGCGCAGGAUUACAUCUCCUCCUGCGGCAAGAAGACGCUCCAGGAAGUCUUGGAAAAAGUCUUCAAGUCUUUCAGACCUUUACUGGGGCUUCCGGAUGCAGAUGAUGAUGCAUUUGAAGAGUACAGUGCAGAUGUGGAAGAAGAGGAGCCAGAGGCGGACCACCCUCAAAUGGGGGUCAGUCAGCAGUAA